CUAGAUUUGAAGGCAGAAAUGGAGGGGGGUCUUUGUCAAGAUUAAGGUCUUUGUCAUUGGGAAUAGGUAAUGUAAUAAUCAAUAAGUUAUUUUAUACAUCAUAGUCUGGACAUUUUGGAAUGAAUCUUUAGAAUGAUUAACAGCAAGUUCUUAAUCAUUCCUCAUAGCGGUCCCCUAAAGAAGAAAGUAUCAAUCAACAUAACAACGAACAUCUGCAGACUCUUGGACUAAAACAGUCUCCAAACCUCUAUAAAUUAUAACAUUUGAACAGAGCAAUACAAUUCAAAUCCAACAUCUAUAUUCAGAAAUAUUCUCAAUUCACUAUACUAACCUAGCCUGGCAAGCCAGACCCAUAUCGGAAAAAUAUUGGGUCUGUUCUCGUACGGUGGCAGUGUGGGCGGGAUAAACGGUUGUCUUUCAAGUUCCCUCUGCACGCAAUAGGAUAGCGCUACAACUAAUCAGAGCAACGAAGAAGGUGACGUAGUCGGAGCGACGGAGAUUUCCAUGGGGAAGUGUUGCGAAUGGUGGAUUGAGAGAAUGGAGACCAACGACGAAACUUUUACCGUAUCCGGUCGGCAAAACUCCGAAUAUAUCUUUCUUUUCCAGGAAAGACUUCAGUGCAGAUAUGUACCAGGUUCCAGUUCAGAGGCUCGACAGAAUCAGAACUUCCAGGAAGAGAGUCAAAGAAAUACUGACUGACAUAGGACUGGAUUCUUGCCAAGACUUCCUAAAGGAGGAUAAGAGUGGUGACAAUGGUGAGCAGUGCUAUGAGAACACAGAAUGGAACGACCUCACAGACUGUUACCAGACCAAGAGGAAAAAGUGGUGCUACCGCACCCAGCCCCUGUGCUGCUCCCUCUGCUGGUUCUCCUGCCGCUCCUGGCAGACCUUCCGGAACCACGUCCAGCGAUGCCACGACGAGGAGGGGGACCUGGCCUCCCUCUCGCCGUGCCCCGCGUGCGCCUACAUAUGCCGGCCCGACCUCCUCUCGAAACACGCCAAGCUGUUCCACACGCAGCCACAGGCGGCGCCGGCGGGCAGCAGCAACGGCAACACGGGCAACAAAGUCACCAAGACCCUGGCGAGAAUGCCAGUCUCUGUUACACAGGCCGGCGUGCGUGUCACCACGGUGGGUCCGGGCGGCGAUAAGUACUCGUGUGCCGCCUGCGGUUAUCAUGACAGCCUGCUGUACGUGAUGAGGAAACACGUCCUGCUCACUCACUGCAAGGCCCUGCUGCAGCGCUACUACAGCUGCCAGGUCACCACUCUGAAGAAGAGGGCCAAGCCUGCGCCAAACGAAAGCCCAGGCAGCAAUGAAACUUGGACCACGGUAAAACAGUCCAAGUUUUCCUGCUGCGUGUGCAAGAUGCCGGCGGAGACCUCGGAGCACCUCCUGUACCACCUGCUGAGCUCAACCAAGCACCAGGAGCUCCAGGCCCACAUCAAGCCCCUGCUGGUGGAGCACUGCAGCGUGGCCAAGAUCGCCCCCGCCGGCAGUAAGGCUUCAGAGCUGCCCCACCUGGCUCCCCGGGCCCUCCAGCAGGUGGUCUCGCUGGUUGCCAAAGGCAUGAACCUCCCCCCCGUCAACGGGAAGUCUGCGCCCCCAAAGAAGGCAGUCCUGGUGGCCUCUCACUCCCAGCCCACCUCUCUGGUGUGCUCGGCCGGCGGCGGGGCGCCCCAGGUUCUGGUGGCCAAUCAGAAAGCGGGGUCCGGCAUUGCGGUGCGUGCCGCCCCCGGCCAGCCGUCGUGUUCGAACAAACCCGUCAGCUUCGUGAUGUCGUCGGGAGCGCAGGGCAACCAGAUUCCUUUGACCAUGACGAUGACGGGCUCCAGCCCAGGCCAGACCCAGCAGGUGCUGCUGCCCGCGGGUCUCACCCUCAACCUGGGGACGAAGAUGGGCUCUGUCGGUUCUCCGGGCCAACCGCUGCUCUUCAGCCAGGGACGGGGGGGCCAGAUAGAGAUGCAGGUGACCACCUCAUCGGGCCAGCAGAUGGUUCUAACGCAGGGGAAAGCCACGACGGCAGGCGCCAGCGCCCCUCAGACCCUCCUGUCUGACGGGAAGGCGGCAGGAGGCCAGGCCAUGGUGCUGACCCAGGGGAAGACCCUGGGCCCGUCCGUGGUCCUCGCCCCCAGCAAUACCAACUCCUUUGCUGCCAUGGCGCCCAACCAGUCGCUGCUGAUCGGAGGCCAGGUGGGUUCUGUUCGUCCCAUGAUGUUGAACCAAGGGUUGUCUAUACAGUCCCAACAGCAAGGGGGGACGCUUCUUUCCUCGCACCCAACUCUGGGCUUCAUAGCCACCGGCAACAAGAUGGGCCCUGGCCAGUCCCUGAUGUUGAACCAAGGUCUAUCCUUACAGUCCUCCCAGUCUGUGAGGCUCAUACCCACUGGCAACAAGGUCAACGGCAUGCCCACCUACACCCUGGCCGCCGUGCAGAUGGCUGUCCCUGUUCAGUCCGGCGUGGCCAAGCCCCCGGUGUUGGUCAACGUUCCUCCACAAGCGCCGCCCGUCGCACAGGCCAACCCCAGCGCGGCGCAGACCAACAGGGCGGCGCUCUCCUCCCCCACGGGGAAGGUACCGUCGUCGCCGCCGCCCGUCCCGCGAGCCAAUCCCGGUCCGGUCCCGGCCAAGCGGGCGGCUGUGUCCGCGCCCACAGGGAAGGCAACUGCGCCGUCCGUCCCUAAGGCCAACCUCAGCACAGCGCAGACCCAGCGGACGGAGGGGUCCACACCCACGGGGGUCCCAAAAGCCAACACCAUUCUGCCGCGGUUAAGGUCCAAUCGGGGCAAUGUGUCGUCCCCCAAGGGCAAGGCACUGGGGGCGAAGAGUCAGUUUGUGACGUGGAGUGCGUCCGGUGUCCUGGAGUGCCUGCUCUGUAAGAGUGUCUUCCCCGACCACGGGCUGCAUCUGCAUCUCCUCCACGGCAUGAAGUGCCUCCUGUGCCCUCUGGUGUUCUACACCUUCCGCCAGCUGGUGAGCCACUGCGACGAGGCCCACGGCCUGGCCGCCGCCGUCAACCGCGACCAGCUGUGGAAGAACCACCGGCUGCUGGUGACCAAGGACAGCCGCCUGCUGUCCCCGAAGCCCAUCGUCAGCCUCAAGGUGCCCAAGGACCUGCUGGGCUGCCCGGAGCUGCACCUGGCGCUGGUGCACAAGGACACGGACCUGGAGGUCAUGCACCUCCAGCUGACGGAGAGGCUCACCAAGGCCCCCGGGGCGCCGGCCAACGGCCAGCCCUCCUGCCCCUUCUGCACGGACCUGCGGCCCCGGGGCCCGGCGGCCGACGUGCAGCAUCUGCGGCGGCGGCACCACGUCAUGCACGCCAUCCACGCCAUCCUCAAGACGCCCGCCUUCAAGUGCGUGUACUGCCUGGGCGUGUACAUGGAGCCGUCCAGCGCGCGCACCAUCUCCAUCCACGUGCAGCGCUGCCGCUGCGCGCCCCACAGCGCCAAGGAGGCGGAGCGGCGGCUCAACCCCGACCCCGCCUCCGCCGGCGGCAGGGCGGCCUCCAGAAGGGGCGUGGCCGCGGCCAGGGAGGGCUUGGAGGCCCCGCCCGGUCCUGAGCCCUACGUCGACUCCCCGACGGAGAUCCCCGCCGGCUUAGCACAGAGACCCCUGUCAGAGAGGAAACUCUUCCUGAACAAAUACUUCCACAAGACGCCCUACCCUACACGCAAGGAAAUAGAGUUCCUGGUCCUCCGGCUGAAGCUGAGCCAGCCGGAGGUGACGUCCAUCUUCAGCUCCAAGAGGAGGAGGUGCCGGGAGGACUGUCGGCGGCGCGGGCUCCGUGUGCUGCUGGGCUUCGACAGCUCUCACCUCAAGGCGGUCAAACACAACCUGGUCAUACCGCACGGUCAGACCAGCCAAGGUCCACGGGCGAGCAAGGACACCCAGACACCAACGCUGGUCGAAUGCAAACAGGAGCCCCCGGACCCCGUAGAGAUUGUGGGGCCCUUUGGGGACCACCCCUAUGCCGAACCCCUAACCCACCCUGGCUCUCUCCAAUGCAAAAAAGAGGAUCCUGACAGAACUGUGUCGGGGGGGCCAGAGUCAGGGGAACAGCCCUGAGGGGCCCAUUCAGCAACCCCCUAAGGAAGGACACUAAACCAUUCAUACAUAAUGCAAACGGUUUCACUGUCUUCACGCCAACGGACUUGUAUAUUGAAAACCUCUGAAGCCAAAACGGUACUUGGAGUAGAAGUCUGGACGGACCCUAGUGGACGACAGUGCUAAACCAGCUGAAAACCAAGCGUUCCUGUUGUUGAUUCUGCGUGACUGAAUCGUGGUACAUUUGCAGUGGGGAGGGGUGAGUGAAGGCAGUGAGUUUGGGAUUCACUGCCACGUUUUUUUCUUCUUUUGCUGGGUUAUUGUGAUGGGAUAACAUGAAAAGGUGCAUCGAUAAAACUCAUUAAAGCAAACAUGCUUAACAAUAGGAAACGGGGAAAAAAAGUAAAUGUAUGUAUGGAAGUAGUGUCUGUCCAUCAGGAAAGUCGCUUGUUGGGUCACUACAUAGAAACCCUCACCUAGGUUUCACCGAUGAACCACACUAAAUGGGUACGUAUUCUUUAUUUUAUUUUCAGGAAGAUUUCUGCUGAAUGUGCAUGUUGAGGCUUGUUUGCCCAGAGCAAUGGCGUGGGCCACAUCCCAAAAUAGGUAGCUUCAGCAUCCAAAUGAUAUAAAGUUAUUAAACGCCAACUUAAAUGAAGUACCUUUAAUAAAAGGUAAAGCAUCCACCUUCCCACAUAUUUUAUUUUGGAUAUAAAGUAUUUUCUAUCUUUUUUUUUUUUUUUUUUCACUGUCUUUUUUGUUCAUUCACUAUUUUGGUUAUCUCCUCACAAUAUAUAUUACGGUAUACACCAUUCUACAUUUUACAUUGGGUAAAGGAUGAUGAGGGAAUUGUAUAUGUGAAGAGAAACAUUUGAGCGAAAAACAGCAAACCAAACAACAAAAUAAAUCUCUUGGGGGAGGGACAAGGACCAUAGGCCAAUCAAACUGAAGGGUGGGCUCAGUCCACCCGGGCAACAAUGGAAGUCGGCUAUGUUGGCUUCCGUCACAUGUCUAUGAGCUGAAGUUGGGCAUUGUUCUAGAAAAGUAGGACAAAACUUUUGGGUUUUAAUUGGGGGUGUGGCUGAUAAUAACGGACGCUGAUUGGUUGGUACACAAGUAGGCCAAAAGUAGGCCAGUUUAAACAGUGAUGCUGGAUUCUCCUAUUUGGAGGUGGAACAUUAAUGCCGCAUAGGUUAACCUUACCUAACCUAGCAGGGAAAGGUUGCUCACUAAACUAACUUAAACGUUAGAAGCACACAAUUAAUUUGAAGGAAGAAUGCUGUCCAAAUUCACAAUAAAAACCACACACAUUGCUUUCCUGAUCAUAGACUUGGAUUAUUGACACCUUUUUCUUCUGUGUCUCUGCACACUGUGGAAGGAAGGCAGGACUAGAUUGGACUCUACCAAAAAAACACUACCAGUACAUCCAGUCAUUUGUGCCACAGGACGCUGGCUUUUUAUGUUUUUAAACCACCAGAGUCUACAGUAAGCGUAAGCGUACAGUUAGUGCUUUUCUGCUGUAGGCUCAACACUGUUGACGCUUUUGGUUGUUUCUGAAGUGAAGCGCAUGGUCUAGUAUUUUAACGGGGCUGUAGUGUGGUGUGUUGUUUUUAAGGAGUUAAUCUAUUGUUCUGUUCUCUCUUGUUGCACUUUUGUUUCAUGCUGUCUCUUUGAUCACAUCAAAAUCUGCAGGACUUAAAUGGUAAUACAUUGCACAUCACAACAAAUCGGUCAGUCUCACUCUUUAGUAACAAGCUACAAAACACAUAUAUAAUUGCUGUCAAAUGCAACUUGAUAUUUUUUUUUACUUUGAAAAAUAAAACUGAAAUUUUCACAUUGAGUAUCUUUGUUUCCCCCAUCAUCGGCUGUUUUCUGUUUUAAAUUAAACAUCCAUGAGUACAACCUUUAAAAGGUGCUCAAACACCUUGUUUGAGCUAGACCCCACCCACUAUUCUGAUAUAAGAAGCAGGGCCAACCAUUUGGCUAUCCUCACACUUUCACUUAAAUACCUGUGCAUUAUGUCAGAUGAUCGACAAAACACAAGUUAUAAGAAUAAUACAAAUCUAUAUUUUGCCAUCCAUGGCCAAUGAGAUUCAAAAUGUUGCUAGACCAAUCAAAGCCUGUGCAUUAAAGUGUGAUAAUGCGGUACGCAUCGCAAUUAUUCUUACUAAAACUGGAAGCCCUUUACAGCCACAAUAGUGAUCCCAUGACGAUAACUUACAACACUCAUUGUUUAUUUAACCAUAAGGCAAAUGCAUUCAAACAUACUAUUGCAGUUCAUCUUUUU